AUGGUUUCGAUAGCAGAUGAUAUUAUUAUUCAUGGUAAGACUAGGCAAGAACAUUAUCAGAGAUUACAUGAGCUUCUGAUCCGAGCCAAAGAAAAAGGGAUUAAGUUCAAUAAGGAUAAAUUGGAAGUAGGAAUUACAGAGGUGAAAUAUUUUGGUCAUCUCUUGACUGAUAAGGGAUUAAAACCAGACACCGAGAAGGUCAUGACAGUACAGUCCAUGAAGUUACCCACAGUUAAAAACGAGCUUGAAACCUUUUUAGGUAUGGUCACAUAUUUGUCUAAGGUUUGCACCAAAUCUAUCUGACGUGACCAACAACCUGCAUAGGCUACUUACACAGCAUGCCAAUGAAUUACAAUGGAAUCAGCUUCAAGUAGAUGCAUUUGAGAAAAUCAAGAGUAUUAUGACUGAUAGUCCUGUACUAGUAUAUUAUGCCCAGCAUAAACAUGUUACCCAUUGCAUGUGCAUCUAAGUCACUUGCACAAACUGAAAUUAAUUAUGCACAAAUAGAAAAGGCGGGUGAAAGAUUUGGGUGUAAAAAAUUUCAUCAUUAUAUUUAUGGGCGAAGAAUACGAGUGGAGACUGAUCACAAACCACUCAUUCCUAUCAGUAAGAAACCAUUGCAUGCUGCUCCUCCCAGAAUACAGAGGAUGUUUGUUAAAAUACAGAAAUACGAUGUACAUUUAGUGUAUGUUCCUGAUAAAUUGAUUCCUGUGCCGAUACUUUGUCACGCAACUGCUUAUCCGAUACAUGUCCAGAAGUUAUGAGCUGUGUCAAUGUACGUGUGCAUGCAGUAUUAUCUAAUUUGCCAAUUUCAGAUAGAAGGGUACAGAAUCAGGGACGUAGCCAGGGGGGGGGGAAGUCGUGGGAGCCGCGGCUCCCCCCCCCCUCCUUUGGAAAUAUUUAUUGCUAAAUAUAUGUACUUACUUCAAAAUUAAUUAAAGUAAAAUUGAUUCUCGACACAGUAACAUGCCUCAAAAUCAUGCAAAGUAGAGUGUCCAAGAGUUUGUCAAAGAUCAGUGUAUUGAGAUAACCAAGAUGUUUCAGAUAUUGAUGAUUCUAUUCACGGACUUGAUUAUUUCCGCGUAGCAGUGUAUAUCCCAUUUUUGGAUACAAUUCUUGAACAAUUGCGAUUUCGAUUUAAUGAGAAAACUACGUUUGCUGGGUUGUUUGAUACGCUGCUUCGAACUAACUGUGCAAAGUAUGGUGUAGUAGAAGAAGAGUUCUUUCAGUUUUAUGGAAACUAUUCUCAAUUUCUUCAUGCUAACAAUGUUAUGCCUCAUGAUACUGGUGGCAUGAAUGCCUUAGUGCAUUACCGAUUGUGGGUUGCUAAAUGGAAGAGAGAAUUUUCCAGUUCAACUGAUUCAUCAACUGAUCACAUAGCAACGUUAUCAUUUUGCGAUCCCAAUGUUUUUCCAAGCAUUUACGCCCGUUUAACUAUUGCCAGCAUCUUGCCCAUAUCAACAGCAACGUUGAGCGCAGUUUUUCGUCUGUACGGCUUCUCAAGACAUAUUUGCGUAAUCGAACAACUGAAGGUCGUUUGA